CACCCACAUUAUUCCUUAACCCAAGACAGUCGUAGUACCUGCUCAGUGCGGAAGUUGACGUCUUCCGCAACAGCGCCGCGGCAGGAAGCGAUCCGCCUGCCUCAUCGCUCUCCUGCCUCCUCCGACGCGCCCAGGACGGCGUCCAUGCGCGCAUCUCCGGCCACGGCGUCGGCAGCGGCGUCGUGGCCCAAAGCGCGCGACCGCAGUGCUCCCACCUAUGAGCUAGGCGAUCUGUUACUCUCUACCUUAAAGCUAUCCUCCAUACAGCCUACAGAGCGGCGCACGAAGCGCUCGCUGAGCCUCGGCGUGUUGACGCUGGAAAUAAGCCUGGUGCUGGGUGCGUGGCUCGCUCUGUCGCGCGGAGGGCUGUCGCCGCGCGUAUUCAACGUGGUGGGCGGCACAUUCCUAGUCUCCAGCGCGGGUGUCUGCUAUCGGGGUGGUUGCCAUUUGCUGAGGAGGCUUUCAGCGACCAAACGCAUCGGCGAGUUGCUGCUGGAUCGCUCUAGCCCGCGCUCAUGGCCUCAUGAGAAACGUCGCCUGUUCCUCGAAGUCUGCACAUGGAUGGCGAGCGUUUUGUCACUGUAUACAGCGUCACACUCGGCCUGGAUCGCCAUAGGUGUGGGAGCAGCCACAGCAGCUGUACUGGCGUUCGUGAGCGAUUUCCUGGCGGCAUCUCUACAUCUCUUGGAGACGAGAUUGGACCCGCAGCAGAUGAGAGGCAUCGGAGGCAUGCUCUGGCUCAAGGUCGCGCUGUCUUAUGUCUGUGUAGGAUACAUUAUAUCUGACACGGGCAGGAAGCUACAUUCCUACGUAUUUGGACAGGAAAUUGAAGCGGAAGUGCAGUUCCAGUCGGUGGAUCAACUGGUAUUCAACUAUCUGCUCAUCACGCUGGUCGGUGCGUCGCUUAUUAUUGCAAGUGAACUGCUGCUACUGUGUGCACCCACUCGACGAGCUGGAAUUGCACUCCAAGGACGGAUUGUAGACGCUCGGAAGAACUGGGAACGGCAUCCACUGCGGUCGCUUGUUGAGGUGACAGGAACUUUUGGAGCAACGACGCUGUACUACAGUACGACGAAAGACAUGCUGCUAUCGCUACAGCUUGGCACGUGCUGUGGCGUUCUACUUAUUCUCAGUAGCGAGCUCUUAGCUUCAGCAAGUCGACCGAGGUUCGUGAGUCCGCCGAGUCCGCAGGCAGCUGUGGAGAUGCCCGCUGACCACUGGGUGAAGCUCAUUCCUGUGAUCGUGAUGAUGCUGUAUUUUCUCUUCCAAGUGUAUGCCGCAAUUGUGCGUGCUGCGAAUGUACCAUCGAGCUCCUUGACGCUGAUGCUGAGCUUCAUCGCCGUGGCUGCGAUCACGCUUACUGUUCUGGCAUUAUCUGGACGAAAACCGUCUUUAAUGGAGUUGUUUCGCUUGGGCAGACGCCUCGCAGCCAGGUUUUGUGUUGGUAUCAUUACACUUAUCGCUCCCAAGGUCUCGUAUGGACUACCAGGCGUGCUAUUCUCCUGUGGGCUGUCGGCUUUUUGCAUCGCAUUUUCUCGAGAAUGCUGGGACGAUAUUGAAGUGAGCGAUGGAGCUCAGCUGAAAGAGAUUUCGUGUGCUGCGCCAGAACCGGCAGAUACCCCUGCAAUCUCUACGUUGAGUAAGGUUUGCCCAAGUGAUACGCUGCAGUCGUGGUCUGAUCGUGCUCUGAGCUUCGUGAAAGAGCGAUAUCCUCAUCUUUACAAACGAGUCAAGUGGACAUUUGUAGGUAUCAUGGUGGUGUCGACAUUGGAUAUGUGCUCGACUUUCUUCGCUGUGAUUAACCAGGACAAGCUCUCGCUGUCACUUUCGCAAUAUUCCGCAAUCAACGUUGUGGUGUCGGCUUCAGUUGGAUACCUGACGAGUCCAGCACCAUAUGAGCUGCAUCCUGCGGUAUUACUCAACACUGGAGUGAAGCAGUUCAAGAAUAAGUGGGUCGUCUUCCCGCUUCACAUGUUUGUCGAGACGCUGGUGUUCGUCGGUGUUUUCGUCGGUACUUUUGCAGCCUCCUCCACUGUUUUCAGCUCGCUCACGCUUGCUGCGCUUUCUGGAAUUGUGGUAUCUAUCGGAGGUCACUGGGUAUGCUCGCGGCUUCACUUAACUGUUGGAACACACAUGCGCGUGCAGUUGACAGCAACGUGUGCGCUGCUGUUUUGUCUGUUCUUGAUCACCUACGCUUCGAUGGUAUCGCUGUUCUCUAUCUACCACUAUUUCGACAGUAUUGAGGCAGCCUUCUGCCUCGCGUCAUUUGCUGGUAUUUUCUUUCUAGCAGCAAGUGAAUUGUUCCUGAUGUGGGAACCAACUCGAGAGGUGGGCUUGCUGUUGCAGCGCCGGGUUACAAACGCAAAAGAGAACUGGCAGCUGGAGCCCUUACGUUCGUUCUUGGAGCUUUUCACGUGGUUUGCGGUUAUCUGUGGAUCGUUUGCAUUGUACGAUGAUCUCGUGCUGGCGCUGCAGCUCGGCACCUUCUCUGGCAUUGCAGUCACGCUGUCAGGUGAAUAUUUCCGAAAGAACCGGUCGAGACUCAUUCCAUGGGGACAGGGUCUAUUGGCUGACGCAGAAGUGCUUGCCGCGCCGAUCUCACCCAUUGGAACGCCGUGUGGCAACGCUGAGCCCAAUCGAGCUCGACCGCUUCCGGUUAUGCUAUUGUUCGCAUACAUUGGGUCGGGUACCUUUCAGUGGAUAUUUGAGAACAUGCGCAGUCUCGAAGUCACGGUGCUUCUGGCCACUAUCGCUGGUAUCGCCUUCUUGUGUUUCGCGGACAUGCUGGUGUUAUUCAAACCAACACGAUGGGCUGGUGUGAUCUUACAGGACAGGUUCAUCAAUGUGAAACAGAAUUGGCGCGAGUACCCAGUGCGCUCUUUCGUCGAGUUCGGCUGCUUCAUGGGCGUUAUCUACGGCAGCUACGCGAUUUAUCAUGACUUGGUCGUUGCAGUUCAAGUCGGUACUCUCUCUGGAAUGCUCGUGACGCUGGGUGGAGAGCAGCUUCGAAGCUGCGCGCGAGCUAUGCCGCUGAACGAAGCAGAUAGAAAAGAGGUGGAGAAGACGCAAAUCCUGCCUCUGCCUGUCAUGAGUCUGCUGGGCCUGGUCGGUGCUGUGGCUUUCAAUAUUAUUUAUACGCAUCUGCGCAGCAUCGAGGUGGCAUUUGUCCUCGCCACCACGAGUGGCGUCAUUUUUGCUCUUGUUGGAGACAUGUUCGUCAUCUGGAAGCCUACACGCAAAGUCGGUAUGAUUCUCCAGGAGCGUAUCUUGUACUUCAAACCGAAUUUCUCCAGUCAUACGCGUCGAUCAUGGAUGGAAGUGGCUUCACUUUGUGGCGGAUGGUAUCUAUCCUACGAUUUCUUGUGGCCCGGGGACCUUCUUAUCGCCAUUCAGUUUGGCACCACGACUGGCAUUGUGGCCUGCGUUUGCGGAGAGCUCACGAUGGAGUAUGUUGCUGAAGCGGAACGCCGCUUGAUAGCCGGUGUAUCCGCCAAACUAGCACAAGACCCUCAAAGGGACAGCACGUUUCUCAACCUUCCUUACGAAGUCCAGUUUGAAGUCGCACACUUUCUGACCGCUGAAGAUCUACUAGUGGCGCGAGCCACAUGCCACAAGAUCAACAGCAUGCUGAAAGCCGAGUCUGCUCGCUUUUGGUUGCACGCAAGUCUGAGGCGAACAAUUCGAGACCACCGCGAACGCUCUCGAGUUCAUAGCAUCAGCCAUCGGAUGGGAAACCGUGCCCGAUCGCUCGUGUUUGAAGCCAUCACGCUUGUGUUGCCUAAAAUAGUUGGAGCCAGAGACCCAGCUCAAGUGCUUACGUCCAGUAACGAAGUCAACCGCGCACUGAAGUGGGUGUACCUCAAUGCCGGCUGGAUUCGGAAACAGAACCUCCCGCAAUUGGUCAAUGAAGUCGAGAUCGAAGGCAGCGCGCUCAUCUCUUUGACCGCUGGAGAUGUUGCCUUCGAUGUGUUCCGUCACAUGCCCGAUAAGAGUUCUUUGGGAAUUAUUAUCACGCGCAACGAAGACUUUGCAAUCGAGCGCGUCGAGGUGCCUAGAGGCGUUUAUGACACGAUCCAGCGGGACCCUUUCAGCUUCGUGGCUGCCGAGACUCUCUCGACGUUAGAAGUUUUUUCGAACUGGCAUCUGACAGUGGUGGCGUUUGUUACGAUGACCCUGAUUUUCAUCGGGCAGUUCUCUAGCGACCUUCUUCGCGCAUACAUCCUGCCUGCAUCGUUCACGUGGUGGGGAGUGAGAUAAUUUUUUUUGAAACAACCUGCUCAAGUACAUGUACCAGCAUGCAAAAUUACCGCUGAUGAAAAUUUGUAUAAUUGACUACAAAGAAAUUAAUCCAUCUAGUAAUCAGAAACUCAUGUCAUUUACUUAGCACUCCGACUCGGUAUCUUCGUCUUUAAUUUCAAUAUACUCUGGCACCUGCUUCACUCGGCUGAAGUGCAACCG